AUGGAGCUCGAAGGGAUGGAUGACUCACGGAAUUCGGUGAGCUUUUCGCACUCUGCGCUGGCACAGGCUGGAGGAGUUCCAGAGAAGCACCGAGGCCGAAUGGCCGGGCAAGCGACAAAGCUAAGCGAGGAUGAUGUGAAGGGCUUGAUAAAGGUGAUGAAUCACAUCAAGGACCUGUACCAGAAAGAAUCCGAGCUGCUGCGUCAGCAGGAUUGCAUCUAUGAGACUCUGGCACACAUCGAAAGGGAGGGCGUUCCUGUUGAGAAGCAGCUGAAGAGCUUGAAGAAGGUGAGUGCCAACUUGGCCCAGCUCAAAGUGGUCUGUCAGUCUACUGAAACCGCGAUUCAGCCGCUGGUCCAGAUCCAGAGCGAGAUCUACAAGACCCGGAUCGCGGAGUUCGAGCAAGCGCUUCGGUCCUACCACACAGGGCUGAAGAAGGAAGCGUACUAUUUCUACAAAUCUGGCGUCGAGUUGGCCUUCCAGCGCAUUCAAGCAGUCACUGAGUACCUCGAUCUCAAAACCUCCGAGCUCCAGGAUCUGCAGCUGAUUGCCAAGAACUUCGAGUACCCCGAUGAAGUCAAGGAGUCCUUCCGAGUCAUGGGCAUGAUGCGGGAGGACGUGGCCCUCAUCAAGGCGCUCUGGGACCACGAGGUGGAGAGGAUCCGACUGACGGAAUCCUAUCUGGUCAAGAGGUGGGGCACUGUGGAUGCUUUGCAGAUGGAAGACGAUGUGAAGGCAAACUUCAAGAAACUCAAGGAGUACAAAGUUGACAAGAAAGUGGAUGUGUACGUUGGAAUGCAGGAGGUCAUCAAGCGAUGGGUAAUCUUCUGCCCUCUGGUUGGCGAGCUCUCCGACCCGUCUAUGAGGCCCAGACAUUGGUCGGCUCUGGUGACUCUCUGUGACAAGCAGCUGGAGGUUUCAAAGGAGCUCCUUCUCCGUGACAUGUGGAACAUGGAACUUCACAAAUUUCCAACAGAGGCCCUGGGUGGGACUUUGGGCUCGCACUUGCAGUGGGACACAGCUGCAGAGCAGCCCAGACUGAGCCACUUUGCGGGCAGACAAACGAAGUACCAUGAAUGCUGCGGCAUAGUCGGCGAUGGUCCUGGUUGGCCCCGCACGAAUGCUUACCGCUUAGAACAGACUGCAGUUUUUGAAACCUCACUUGGUGCGGCCGGUCCAGAUGGAGCUGGCCGGAAGCCGACCAGAGAAGCUGUGUCCUUCGACUGCAACCUGACCUUCUCCGAGCCGGUCGGUGGCAUGGUCUGGGGCAUCGCUGCAGAUGAGAGGCAUCGUCUGCUCAUCGCUCCAUCACUCGAUUACAUGGUGUACGUCUGGAACAUGACUGCGGCAGAGCCUGCGCGGUGGGAGCGGCACAUGCUUGACGAGCACACAGACGAGGUUUGGAGAGUGGCAGUGCAUUCCGAGCCAGAAGUUGGGGACAAGCCUGCACAGCCACACUUCCUGACCGGAUCAUUGGAUGGUACGGUGAAAGUCUGGAGCAAGACUGGCGAUGGAUUUCGGGGCCAUCUCCUCUACAACACGAGCCACAUGGUCACGGCGUUGGCUUCUUCAGCGUGGAUUGCGCACGGUGACAAGAGUGGCCUGAUCGGUGUGUGGUGGCGACCUGGCAACUGGUAUCGAGCUUUGCAGGCAGACUCCGUCAUGAUCCAGGCCUUGGCCUUUAUGCGCCAGAACCUUUUGAUCGCAGCUUCUGACGAUGGGUGGGUGAGGAUUUGGAAUGUCACAAUGGGCGAGGUGCAGCUUGCAUGGCGCGCCAACAACGGCAGCGUUGUCAGCUUGGCUGUGGAUCAAUCCCUGGCCACGAGUGGUUAUGACCGCAUUGGGAUACGAGAGCCCUGGUCACUCCAGCUCUGGGAUCCAGGGACUUCGCGGCUGCUUUCAGCGACCCGGAAGUUUGGCGUGGUGACCCACGUUGCGAGUUUUGGCCCUGACCACCUGGUCUUUGGUGGGCCAGAUCAUCUGGUUUACAUUGUGCUGCUGCCACAUUGGGAAGUGGUCCAAACCUUGAAAGGGCCCGAAGAUGCGGUCCAUGCGCUGCAUACGUUUGACGGUUUUAUUGCCAGCGGCAGUGCCGUCUGCUGUGGCGGUGCUAUCGCACAGCUUGUGAUUCUGAUGACUUCACAGGUUUCUGGCAGCGGCGAAAAAUGGAAGAGUGAUGACAGUCGUUUUGUAUUUGCUGACCAAAAGCUGGCGCUGGGUGGUUUCGAAGCUGUUGACUUGGAACUGCUAGAGCGGAGGGCAAAGAUGGAAGCGACUAUCGCCAAGCUCACCAGGAUAUGGUCCACCGUUGAGUUUGUGUACGAGAAGCACAAAGGCACUGAUGUGCUACUGAUGCGACUGCGGGAUGAAGAUGUGGAGAUCUUGGAAGAGAACCAGGAAUCAGAGCAGCUUCUUGAGAGCCUCCACAAGAUCCAUGAGGAGGAGGUCGAGGCCAUCUCUCGCAUCCUUGGCGACUCUCCGGAAGCUGCGCAUCGCUCCGAUGGCCCGGUGGUCAGCGCUUUGGGCGCCAUCUGCGAUCUCCACUCGGAAAUCGGUUCUGAGACAUCCUCGAGCCCAUCACCAAAAUUGCCCGAGAAGCUCCCGCUGCAGCUGGCCCUGUCUUUCCGCCUGCUCGCGCGCUUGACCACCACUCUCCGACGGUCUCUGGACGUGACAGUGAUGCAGGACAUGGUAUUGCCGGUGUCGCCGAUGUCGGGUGCACAACACUCCGCCGAAGGCAGAUCCAGUACGGUGGAAAGCCCAAGGGAGGAGCCGGCUCAGAGCAUGGCGACUUUGGAGGCCCCAGAGAGCUCCUCGGUUCAAUCCGAGAGCUUCGAGGAGCCUUCAGAGUCUUGGCUCGCCAUCUUGCAUGCCUCGGAUGUACUGCAAUCCUGGUUGGGACGACUUUGCCACGCGGGUGAAAAGUUCAUGUGGCUGAGCGUAUUCGGCCUGGAUCUGUUCGUCGUCAUUGCCAUGAUGCUGUUCAUGGAAUCAAUCGGUGGCAAGAAGCCGCAAAGAUCUCGACUGUUGUCCAAGCGUGAAGCCAAGGAGUUGGCAAAGAAGAAAACUGCUGCAGCUGCCGCUGGCACACCGAUCCCGACCCCAACAUCCGCAGCCGGACGGGAGAGCUCGCAGUGGCUCGCAUGGCUGUCGCAGGAAGAACUCCUCGCGGCAUUGCUCAAGGAGCACUGGUUCAAGUUCGCUGUAGGUCUUGGCCUUGCCAUUGUCGUUCGACUGCUGCAGCGAGUGAUGUCCAAGGAGAGCUUGACGUACCACCUGAUCGUCAACGUCACCAUGACUCUGCGCUUUGUUGGGCUCGCUCUGGUGUUGUUGCGUGAUGCAAUGCUCUCUCCCAAUCCGGAAGACGUGGCCAGGGAGGCCGUCAAUGUGCUGGCAGAGCGAGGUGUGUCGAGCCGCUGA